AUGUUAAAUCGUCAUAAAAGAAAGAAGGUCACUGAUAGAUCUGGGGGAUUACAUCAGACAAAGCUUGAUAAUUUUUUCAAACCUACAACAUCAAUUCUUCAAGAUAAUGAAACUUUGAAUGAAAGCUCAGGACAAAUUAUAGAUCCCCAAUUACAUGAUACAUCAAUCAAUUCACUUAAUGUUAUUAGUUCCAAGUCUGAUUGUGGAGCUGAAUUAGCCCCAUUGGUUAUAAACAAAGAAGCACCAAAUGGGUUUAGUAUUCAUACAGUAUUGUUGAAUCAAGAUCAAGAAGAAAUACAAUUAGAGAAAUUAAGUAUAGGUGAUAUGAUUUUAACACCUACAGGUCCAAAACCAGUGACUAAUGUAUCAAACCAAACCACAAUCAAUGGAAAGCAAAUGAUAAAUUUAUUCCCCAAGCGGUCAAACUCAGCGGAAGCAAAUAUUAUUCCAGUAUUACAAUUAGGCUCUCAUCAAAAACUCAAGAUCAUAUCAAACAAUUACAAUUUGUUAUACUCAUACUGUUUAAAUAUGGACCAGCAAGAUAAGAUGGGAUCUACUACAAUUAGAGCCUGUUAUAGGAGUAAAUCUUUCAAAACAGGGAAAACAAAAAAAGAAUUGAAAACAUUUUGCUCAAAAGCUUGUGAUGAUCUCAAACGAAAUGUUUUAUUGAAACUAGAAAAUGAAUUGGAGAGAAUUUCUAAAGAUAUUGAAAAGGAUUGCAAUAAUAUUAGUGAAAAAUUGUCAAAAUUAAUUAAAGAAAAAUUAAUUCAUCAAGAUGAGAAUCACAAUUUAUCUAUAUUGGAAUAUCCUAAAGGGGUAAACAUCAAUUUUACAUAUGAAUGGGUCUGUAAAGAUGAAACUCUAAAAAAGAAAUUAAUAAAAGCAAUUGGGGAUAGAGUUUACUCGUUGGACCCGUCAGGGAUUUCCCCUAAAGAAGAGAAAGCCUUGAUAUUUCAUUCGGGCUCGUUUUUGUUGAAAACUUUUAACAAAUUCUUCAAAACUGAGGGAAAGAAUUAUGAUGCAAUCACAAUUGAAAAGUUUCAUAAAGACUUUUUACCUAUAUCAAUUGUUGAUCAUCCAAAUUCUAAAGCUUGUGAAGAUAUAGAAUUAGCUGCUAAUUGUCCUGAUGUUUCAACUUCCAUUAACACACCAUCAGGUGAUGAAGCUAUAGAUAUCGAAAGUAUGAGCGGUGAACUUUAUUAUAUCAAUACACCUGAUUUAGGUAAUUUUAAUGAUCAAACAGAAGCUUGGGAAAUACCUAACCAAGAUAUGGAAUUUGCAAAAAAUUACAAGGGUUAUGAAAAUCAGUUAUUUCCUCACGGUGAUUUAGAUGAGUACUACUUGUUGAUGUACUUAACCAAGUCAAUAACACAGUACCAAAGUCAAAGCCCUACUCAUCUACUAGCAUAUCUACCAUCUCAAGAUUGUGAAGAAGAUAAUAUGGAGUUAAGAUUGCAUCUCGUACAAAUAAUUAACAAGAUCAACCAAAAAAAACACAACAUCAUUAACCAAAAUUCAUAUGGAAUUAAUUUUUUUCAACGAAAAGUAGAUCACAGAAAAAAUGGAUCAAGAGCUUGUUUCUAUAUAUAUUUGAAAAAUGGUUCUACUUUUUGUGAAAUUACUUACCAUUUGACAAAGGUCAAUGUAUUACAUCCACUUACAAUGUUUUUUGACAUAGCUAAUAUGAAUGAAAAAGCUGAUCAUGAUGUAAACGGUGAUAUAAUGGCUCAAGAAUUUAAAAAAAUAUAUGGUGAAUACUUAGUUGAUGAACAACAUAUACUUACUGCAAUAGCUGGUUAUAUUGAUAGCGUACACAGCAGUGGAAAAAAUACCAAUAAGAGUUAUAAAAAUGUUUUCAGCAGUCGUAACUAUAAUAUCAUUCAUUUAUUAGAGCUUUUAAUAAUGGCUUUGAAUAAUAAAGCUCCACAUUUACACAUCCAAGCUUCUCAAAUAUGUUGUUCUACAAAGAAAAACAGUGUUUCAAAACCAGAAGAUAUGUACAUAAUCUUUGUUUUUGGCAGAGAUGUAAAAGAAACAUUGUCUAAGUACAUGAAGUCCAAAAAGAGAAGAGAUUGGAUCAUUUCAGAGCCUGAAACCUUUAAUUCUCAAAAACGAAAAGACACAAAAGCAGUGUUGAAAAAAAGAGAGGUCUCAAAAAAUGCAGAAGAAGUGAUUAGAUCCUUUGAAUUGGAUGGACAAGAAUCAUUUGAAUUUUAUUUGAUUGAUAAAUCUGAAGCUGGUCAGUAUUGUUUACUUUUGAGAACUUGA